UUUAAGCAAGCAAGCUCUGGUCAAAACAUUUCUUUAAAUAAUAAUAAUAAUGCUUACCAAACAUAGUUGUCUGCUUUGUUGGGUUUAUGAGUCAGCUUCAUUGUAUGUUGGCAUAUAUUGCACUUUAUUUUUGCUUUAAGCAAUUUUUUUUCUGGAGCCAUUUAAUCAACUUCAGUUUCUUCCUCUUUGUUUGACGUCCUUCAAUCAUUGACAGCAACGUUUUAUUUAAUGACCGACCCAUGUCACCUUAGAAAUACAUAAAAAUAGUAUAAACGUUUUUAAUGUAAUAAUAUUAACAAAUAAAUGUUUAUUUAGUAUGCAUGCAACAAAUGACAUAGGCUACACAACAUGGAUAACAAAUACAUUAAUGACUAAAAACUGUCAAUGUCAAUUUUAAUAAAUAUUAUCAUUAGUAAUGUCAGCUAUAUUAAAAUAUUUUAUGAAGUUUUGUAUUACAUGUUGUAUAAAAAUUUCAGGAUAACAGUAACAGUGUUGUACCAUAUAUGCAUUACAUGUUCUAACGAAGGAAACAGUCAUAAUGUAAUAAAUUAAAUAAAUAAAUCUUACAUGAUGUGUCGCUGGAUUAAUUGUAAUUUUCCCCCGUUGUAUCUGUAAUCUGCGCAGGUGCGGACCCGGGCUUUUAUGAGGAUGUGGUGUUCCGGAAGUAAACAUCCCGAGAGAUUUUUAGCUAUAAAAUGUUAAAUCCUACAAAACAAACUUAUCAUUAACUUUAAAAUUGUUACGCGAUUAUUGUAUAGAAGCCACCUGUCUUUGUGAUUUCAGCUUCAUUUUUAAAAAGAAAAAUAAUAAGAAAAACUACACUACCCACAAUCCUUCAGCACGUUUAAAAAAAAAAGAGCGGCCAGAGGUUAUCCAGCGCAUACUGGUACAGUGCGGGUCGCAGGCACAGCAAGGUUGAUGAUGUCGAGUGGACAGAUGGAUGACAUUUUAGACUCUUGCCAUCAGACCAGAGGGAGACCGAAGAAAAAACAGUCUAAGGAUGAACGCACAGAAAAACCGGAUAAACCACCUGGAGCAGCACCAACCUUUUCAAUAGCUUUGGCUAAAGCCAAGGCAGAGACUGACACCUUAAGGGUGAAAUGUCAACAUCUGCAGGAGAAAAUAGAAGAUUUGACAAAAGAACGAGAUUUCCUUAGACAACAGCUGUCAGAAGCCAUCAAAAUGGACAACAUGCCUGACAAAAAUAAAGAUAAGCCUGCAGACAUAGCAAAAAAAUUAAAAUCUCUCAAGAGUAUUCAGAAAGUGACCCAUCUGAUUCUGAAUCUUCUGACACUUCUGACUCAGAGUCAUGUAGCUCAGACUCUUCAAGGGAGAAGAAGAAAAGAAAGAAGGCGGCAAAUUACUGAACCAUGGCAGGUGGUAAAGCGGUACGAAUCAGUCCUGGGGAUUUUCAAAAGAGGAAGCAACAUGGCAGAUGCAUUCAGAAAGUAUGGUGUGGACCGGAACACAAUUGUGCAGAGUGCAGCUAUUGCUGAACUGGCGAUUGCAGCGCCAGAGAAAUAUGAGGAAAUCAAUGACAAACAUGGAAAGGGAGAGAAAUUAUCAAUCCUAGCCCAGAAAUGUCAAGAUGCAAUUAUGGCCGAUGAGAAUAUUGCAAACAAGAUACAAACAAUGAAAACUGAUGGGAAGUUGCUUCCAAUAAAAAAAUAGUUAAUUUCCAUAUAUAUAUCCAUCCAAAUACGUUUUCCCCAUGUUUAGUUCUAGUAAUGUGUCUUUCCUUGUUUAGGCCUGAAUUGAUGGUGCUGCACAUGGUUUGGUUCUGUGUAGAAACAAGUUUUUGUUCUUAUUAAUUAUUUUGUAUUUUUUGUGCUGGCAAAAAAGAUUGCUAAUGUUGACCAUUUAUGUAAGGUAAUAAAGGUUCUUACCCUCUUUUAUUACACUUUACAAUAAAGUUUACAAAUUUCCUUAAUAAAUGCUUUGUUAAUGAUAAGUCAUGUCAAUAAAGGGUCUACAAAUACUAGUAUCACAUCAGUUAAUGUUAAAUAGAUUACACUUUACAAUAAGGUUUACAAUUUCCAUUAAUAAAUGCUUUGUUAAUAGUAAGUCAUGUCAAUAAAGG